UGCUAACAUUUCAAUGUUCUCGUUCGUUUACGUCCUCUUAAUAUUUUCGCUGCAGUUGUUCAAUGUACGAAGUAAUAUAAUUAGAAAAACAACGAGUGGUGAUGUUAAAGGUAUUGAGCAGACCAGUUCAUUGGGCCAAAAAUACUAUGCAUUCCGAUCUGUUCCAUAUGCAGAAGUACCUAUUACUGGCAUUGAUCCGUAUACCGGACACAAGGUUGACCGACGGUUCAAGGCACCUGAACCGCUCACACAACGCAAUUGGCUCAGCCCUCUUCACGUUAUGGACUUCAAAGAAUCUUGUCUAGAGUCUACCAACCUAAUUCCCACCGCACAGAAAACUGGUGAAGACUGCCUGUAUUUGAACAUUUAUAUUCCAGCUGGCGGAGCGGAGAAAAAGCCUGUGCUGUUUUGGGUGCAUGGAGGAGGAUUUACGGAAGGUGGCCAUCGUGAAGCUCUAUACGGUCCUGAUUUUCUACUUGCCGAGGAUGUUGUCGUUGUUGCGGUACAAUAUCGGCUCGGCAUUUUCGGUUUUUUGAAUCUGGGCGAAGGUAAUUACACCGGAAACAUGGGACUGAAAGAUCAACAGUUGGCGCUGAAAUGGGUUUACUUUAACAUUGAAAAUUUCUCUGGAAACAAGAGGGAAAUUCUGCUAUUCGGAGAGAGUGCUGGCGGUGCAUCGACUACGUUUCAUAUGCUUAACAAAGAAUCACGAAAGUACUUUACACGGGCUAUGGUCAUGAGUGGAUCGGUCUACAGCUACUUUGCGUUUACAGCAACCAAUCAUCGAGAGAAAUUCGGAGAAUGUUCUCAUACAAAGGAUGUUAAUCAGAUGAUUGAAUAUAUGAAAACAGCUGAUGCUAGAGACAUCGUUCAAUGUUAUUACAGACCCGAUUGGGGUCUGACUCUAAAACCGGAAUGGGUUCCAACAAUUGAGCCAGAAGGUACGGUGAAUGCUAUGCUAACUGAGUCACCGAACAUUAUUUGGACAUCUGAAAAGGCUCCGGUUGUCGAUACAUUGUUUACAAUGGUCAAUCAGGAACAAGUAACGUUUGAUCCGUCAUUGCUUACACGAACGGAUCCGUUAAUAACGGCAGAUGGAGAGUCAUCGAUUAGACUGCCAUUUGAUCUUUUAGAUGCAACUACUUUCCCUGAUGAAUACAAAAAAGCUCUGAAGGAAUUGAGAGGUGCUUAUUAUUCCGGUGGCACAGACCCUAACACGAUAAUGAAGGAAAAUAUUGCACUGAUGUCGGACUUGAACUUCAAUUACAGUGUUCUUAAGUCGGUUAAGCUUCAAGCAUUUGCCAACGGUGACCAGAGAAACACAUUCUUUUUGAGAUUUGGAAUGAACGAUAAACUCAACUGGAUUCAACAUUUGCAUAAACAAAAGCAUAUGGGAGCUGCUCAUGCAGAGGAACUGUGCUACAUUUUCCAUUGUCACAUGUUAGACAAAGAUAAGGUAUACGACGAGGUGUUGUCGAAGAACAGCAGUGAUACGUACAAACUCAUCCAGCGACUUGUGAAAACCGUGACAAAUUUCGCACGGAAAGGUGACCCAUCAAUUGAACCCAACAAUCCAUACAGACGAAUCCGACAUUCAAAUAAGAUUUUCGUUCACGAACUCACCAAUGAGCCUAAAAUAGCCAUUUACUAUAACAUCGUUAAGGAACUUAAAUAUGACACUUGGCGUGAGAUUGAAGACAGGCACGCAAACCUACAAUUCUUAGAAAGGGCACUAAAUAAUGAAGAUACGUGGUUGCCCUGAAGCAGAGCCUGUAUUAAUGAGUCGGAGAGACAAUAAAAUUUCUUAUGCACAAUGA